AUGAAAGACACAGUGGAAGUAUUUUUCCAUUCCCAGCAGCCCUAUACCCACCUGAACGAAGAGGACAUCGCACAGUUCAAGUCCGGUCGGCUUGAUUUCCCCAACACCUACUUCGACCCGGAAAAAGCCCAUCAACUGUACAACCAGUACCACGAGCAAUACGCAAUGGCCGACGAGGCAGGCCUCGACGGCAUCAUGACCAACGAGCACCAUUCGUCGUAUUGGAACAUGAAGCCCUCGGCCAACAUAGAUGCGGCGGUCAUCAGCCGCAUCACCAACCGGGUGAGAAUCGCCAUUCUCGGUAACAUCAUUCCCAUCAAUGAGCCAGUGCGCAUGGCCGAGGAACUGGCCAUGCUCGACUGCUUCUCUAACGGCCGGCUCAUCUCGGGGUUCGUCCGCGGCGGUGCGGUAGAAACGCUCCAGGCAGGAAUCGACCCGACAGAGAACCGGGACCGUUUCGAGGAAGCCCACGACCUGAUUAUCAAGUGCUGGACAGAACCCGGCCCCUUCCGUUUCGAGGGCCGGUACUAUCACCACCGCGUGGUCAAUCCGUGGGUGCUGCCGGUGCAGAAGCCCCACCCACCCGUCUGGUUCCCCGGCGGCAGUAGCCCUGAGAGUGUGGUCUGGGCGGCCAGCCAUCAGUACGCCUACAUGAACCUGGGUGCCCUUAUAGGCCUGACCAGAGGAGCUGAAACAGGUCUACAUUGA